CAAAUGUGGCACUCCAACCCCACAUCCCGCUUCUGCUCCUUAUUGAUUGCAAGGCAAUAGCGCAAUUUCCACCUGAUGAAAGCCAGAGAAGAGGCAAACUUGCCUGAUAUGUUCCCCUUUCUUCGUAAGCGGGAUUUCGUCUGGCUCGUAGUGUCGAUCGAGUAGUUUCAGCCAAUGCAAACGCGACAUGUACAAGCGUGCCGCUGCUGAGUAAGAAGUGAUCAUGUCCAUCCCGAGCAGGAGAUGUUGCCCGGUGUGAAAUGCCCCUCACCACCAGAUUUAAACUUUAAACCCCUCCUCACCUGCUUCAUUACCGCUCUCAUCCUCAACCCAGCUCCCUCAAGCCAAGGCACACCAACCUCACCAACACAGUAGAGACUUUUAACAGAAUGAAGGCCUACUACUACGACGACCUCCCCGGCGAUCAACGCCUCCCGCACGAUUCCCAGAUGCCGCUCUCUGAGUCGGAACUCUCGGCUCUUGGGGUGCUAUACUUUCACAUGCCCGAGCUGUCGGAGGUGGACGCGCUGGCGGCCGAUCGCGGGUACAAGAACCGGGACGAGAUCACGGUAUCGCCCGAGAAGAUGGGCGAUGCGUACGAGGCCAAGGUCAAGAUGUUUUUUGACGAGCACCUGCACGAAGACGAGGAGAUCCGCUAUGUCCGGGACGGGCGGGGGUACUUUGAUGUGCGGGACAAGGGGGAUCGCUGGGUGAGGAUUGCCUUGGAGAAGGAUGAUCUGAUUAUCUUGCCUGCGGGGAUUUACCAUCGGUUCACCACUGAUGAGAGCAAUUACAUCCAUGCCAUGCGCCUGUUCAAAGAGGAGCCCAAGUGGACGCCCUUGAACCGUUCUGCCGAGGUGGACGAGAACCCGUACCGGAAGGAUUAUGUUGGGCAAUACCUCACGUACGCAAAGUAAUACAUCUGCGUCAUGGCCGGUAAUGGUCAUCAACUAAGCGUAUCGAUUGCUGCUUGAACAUUGUGCGGUUCUCUACCCCUUCGUGGUCUGUGCUGCUGG